ACAACACUAGCCGCCGCAUCAAAUCCUUGAAUUUGGGAGGAUUUAAAAAAAACGUGAUUGCUGUCGCAGCGAAGUCGCCUCAGCUGUCUAAUCAAUGAAAACCGGGCUUCUUAGGACAAACUAGGAGCGUGAGGGUUUCUAGUCUCACUUUGCGAUGCGACCAGCCUUCUUUGUGUGCAUCGCAUCGCACGAUUAUCAUCAUCAUCAGCUCAGCUAGAAAUCGGGCCUACUCCUCACUAACCGGUGGUGACCAAAUUACACGACAGCACUCAUUCACUCAUACCGGAACGGUAAGCUUGUAACUAGUGGUAAAGCGGAAGCGCCUCGCAUGUGACAUGAAAAUUCAAACAAGCGCUGUUGUUGUUGUUGUUGUCUUUUUACUAUUACUUUAAAACUGUCCGAUCAUAAACCCGGAAGGAUUAUCAUAACAAAACAUUUUUUACACUCAAAGCUCACAAGUAUUUGUUUAGGGGGAGGGCUCGUAGUUGUAAUAGUAGUAUUAUCCCGUAAAUGGCUUCUUAAUUUACAGCGUUUAUUGGAACAGAAUUCAGUCUAACAUUUUCGUAUGACAACGGUGGUAUUAGUGUAGUGUAAUAUUAUAUAGUAUAUGUAGCAGACGGGAUUCCGUGCAAGUUUCGUCCAAUACCUGCGUGGAAUUCAAUCAAGUAUACGUUGUGGAUUGGGAGUCUUCAAACGCACUUUAGCCACCUUGGAGUGCUCCAUUGGCUCCAUUGUGCGAUGGCGGAAAAACGUGAAGUUACUUCAGCCACAGACGCCAAGUCGAGCCCUCUCUCAACGCGCGCUACCGCCUUCUCUAUCGCUUCUAUCAUUUCGUCCAGUGAAGAUCUGAAAAGAAAUCGCGAGAGAAGCUCAGAAAGCGAAAGCCAUCGUCCUCCAUCAUCAUCACCUAAGCGGUUUAAGACUUCAGAGGACGAAGAGCCCACUGCGCAAAGUUUCGAGAGCGAUGAGAUCCCUGGCUCGCCCGAGGAGCUGGAUUGCGCUGAGAUGUGUCUGGAAGGACGGGAGCUCUGGGGACGCUUCAAUGAGCUAGGCACAGAAAUGAUUAUAACAAAGUCAGGGAGGCGGAUGUUCCCAACGUUGCGGAUCUCCGUGAGUGGUGUCCAGCCCAAAGCCAACUACAUGGUUCUGCUGGACAUCGUUCCCGUGGACGACAAGCGGUACCGGUACGCGUACCAUCGCUCCACGUGGCUGGUGGCAGGCAAAGCUGAUCCGCCAGCUCCAGUCAGACUCUACAUGCACCCUGACUCACCGUUCACGGGGGAACAGCUGCUUAAACAGAUCAUCUCGUUCGAGAAAGUCAAGCUCACCAACAACGACACAGACCACAAUGGCCACCUUAUUCUCCAUUCGAUGCAUAAGUACAAGCCCCGUGUUCAUCUUAUGAGAAAGCGGGACCACACUGCCUCGAUUGUCAACCUCAACUCAGAAGAAGUGAAGACGUUCACCUUUCCUGAAACAUCAUUCAUCGCAGUAACUGCCUACCAGAACCAGCUUAUAACCCGGCUAAAAAUCGACAGCAAUCCAUUCGCCAAAGGGUUCAGAGAUACAAUGAGGAUUAUUCCGGUGCAAAGGGAAUGUAGCAGUCAUAGCACUGGCUUCAGCUCUACCGUAAUACACUCCAGUCCAGUCUAUAUCCCUGUACCGCGGAUCAUCUCACCUACACUAAUACAAACAGACCACAACAGUUCAACGACUCUAGUUCGAGCAGACCACGACGCUUCAACGAUUUUAUUCCGAACAGAUCACGACGCUUCGCCGAUCUUAAUCCGAACAGACCGAGAGUCUAAGCUUGACUCGUCUUGUUGCCAAUCCUGCUCCUCAUUGCGACAAAAAAGUGCGUUCCACCCCGUAUCUGUGGUCAGUGGUUCAUCGUACCUGCAUUUCUCCUCCACGUUGGCUCCCGAGUCACGUCUUUGUCUACAAACGAGUCUGCUCCCGCAUGUUAGCAUUCCCUCUACUUGCAUUCAGCCCUCGGCCCACUCGAACAGUCCUUGAUAUCUUUAUGUAAAGUGUUAAUAUUAAAUGUAAAUAUAUGUUUUAUAUAUAUUGCCGGAAUAAAAUAGAAACAUGGCGUUUUGACAGUA